AUGGUAUCCAAUUCGACUCAGCCCUUCCGCUUCAUGGACUUACCCGGAGAACUGCGCAAUCAAGUCUACACCCUGUUGCUAUGUUCGUUCGGAUCUCCAGUCGAACAGACUUGGGAAAAUUACCCAUUGCCUAUUGAAUCUGCUGGCCACUGCGCAGACACAGCCAUCCUCCUCACCAGUCGUCAAGUCCAUCUUGAAGCCUACGACGUCAUGGUGAAGGCGAAUCGUUUCGUCGUUGUCCGCGCAUUCCCGCCUUUACCGCUCAUGGAAGUCCUCCAGGUGGGUGACGUAACGGUCAUCACCCUCAAUGAUCUGCAUAUCUCUCAGUUCAAAGGCCACAUGCUCGCAGUCACAUUAUCAACGUCAACGCCUUCGCAUGAGCCGCCAAUGAGUGUUAUGCUCCUCGCCAGAGACAUGGAACCUUUCUGUGCGACCAUCAAUCGAAUCGGUUUUGACACGACUCUCAUAAUCGAUGUGGACGUCGCGCCUCUGCUCGGCGAGCCCACUCCAGUCCACAAAGAUUCUUUCGACGCUUUUGUCUCGGAAGAAAUACAACUCAGCCUGCUCUCCCCAUUCAAGACCUGCAUGCGAGGCUUCAAAAAUGUCCAUGUACACGGUCGCGUGUCGUCCGAAAUUGCGACCGCAACGGCGGCAAACAUGUGCAAGGAUGAAUGGCCGGAGUCUGUUGAAGCUCUUCACCAAAUCCAAGGACUGAAAGAUCACGCUGAUGUGGAGUGGGACCACGGCUCUCGUAAGGAAGCAUCAGGGUUAUGGGAUGAGUGUUUGAUGGAGAUCGGCCGUAUGCGCGCAUCUUCGUCGUGGGGCAACCUCGUCUUGUUGGGAGGGGAUUCAUUCGUCGAUGCAAUGAUUGAGCUAAGGUACUCUUGCUGCCUGAGUCUUUGCUACGCUAUCAUAGCGAUGUUCAAGGACGAGAUGGAGAACGGCAAAACUGAAAGGAUUCUGGACACUCUCGACAUGAUCUUAAGGCGUACCAUGACUGCCACGGAAGAAUGCAUGGAGCCAAAUCUUUGGCAAGAAGGUCGCGAAUGGGAGCCCUCAGAUGCUCGAUUCGCUAAGCUAAUCUACCGACAAGCCAUAAUGAUUCUCCUAGGCGGCAAUAUUCGCAACGCGAGCCUCGCACUCGAUCUCAUCAGAGGCGCCCUCGAACUCUCGCCUCACGAUAGGGAUAUCAUGAAAGCACAUGAGGCCAUGCUCAGAUGGAGAGCUUCUGGCUGCAACUUCGAUGCCAAUGGGGAUUCGAUUCGCAUCCAUCUGUGUGAAAAUGGAGACAUUACAAUCGAUAUGUAA